AGAUGGUAGUACUUCUACUUCUGGAAGCGGCAACAACGCUGGAGCCGCCGGAAACCUAGGUGGAGCUCCGCUUCUGCAGCAGAAGCAACAAUACGGUCAUCCGCACCCACCGCCGGCCGGCGCUGCGCAAGGCAAUAAUGGUGGUGGAACUUCCACUGCGAUACCAGCAUCAGCAACUGGUUGUGCCACGAUUCUUGCGACAGGUACUACCAGCGGCCCGCCGGUAGUAACAAGGACCCCUCCGCAUGGGCCGCGUGUUUCCGCCACCAAUGGCACUGUUUCCAACGAUACAAGCAGCACAACCGGUGCUGGCGACCAGCAGAACAAGCGCCUGCCGACCCCUCCCAAGCCGCGUCCGCUGUCUGCACAGCAGCGGCACCAACUGCAGCACCAGCACCAGUUGCAGCAGCAGAAACACCAGCUCCAGCAGCAGCUAGUGGCGGCGGCGCAGAAUUUGCCGCCCCACCUCGCCGGCGCCGCCGCUGCUUCGAUAAUGGCAGCGGUAAAUAGUUGUUCGGCUCAGCAGCGCCAACGACAAGAGCAGCAGCAGCAUCAGAAGGGCGGAAGCAAUAAUUUCUCCUCAUCCACCACCCCCGACAAUAGUAGUGCAACACGGUCGUCGCAGCGCGAUGCGUCGCGACAUCAGCAGCAGAAUAUGGUGAAUCUUAACCAUCAAAACUCGCUCAAUAGUUCUUCUUGUAUCCUGCAGAGCAGCCAAACGUUUCCCUACAAUAGUUUCUCCGCGGGCGGCGGUGGAGGUGGAGCCGGACACCUUCAGAACAACCGAAAUAGUAGUUCUAACGGGCAAGGGCAACAAGAACAACUAGUACACAAGCAGCAGCACCAACACCAGCAUCAACGGAUGGACACUCAUGCGAACAGUUCUAGUACAACUACAGGGGCUCCUCAGCGUCAACGUCAAUCCCACCACGCUGCUUCCACCGCCGCUUCGUCAUCAUCAGGAGAACCAAUGUCAGCCGGGGGUGCAGCAACAGGGGCCGGUUUCAAGCAGACCCCAAGCAAGAGGAAAGAACCCCGUGAGCAGAACCAAAAGUACAAUGCGGAAGAGAAAAUUAUAAACGAAAAGCAGAUGGACGAGCAGCAGGCCCAGGAGUUUUUGAUGGGACCCGGAAUGAACGAGACCUGUGAAGCCGCGCAGGAGCUGCGGCCGCAGAAGCUGCUGCACCACGCGCAGCUUCAGAAGCACCUCAGUUCUUGUUCCUUCGCAGGAGACCCCUGGGACCCUCUACUUCGGGACGACGCGCGCCAGCAGCUGGGACAGGAACAGAGCAGCUUUCACUCCGGGGCGCAGAUGAAUAGUAGCAUCAUCAACAACCCAGCGCCAACGACCAUUUCGACGCCGAUGGCGGCCGGAGACAGAACGAACAGUUUGAACCGAAGCACCACACUGAGUCCGAGCGCGAGCUCCACCUGUGCUGGAGACACGUCGCUCUUAAUAGGUGGAGGGAACUACAACGGGGGGCAACAGUCGCAGCAGCCUAUGCAGCGGAACAGCAUCAAUCGUACACCGAAUGGGACGAGCCAUGCAGCAGCAGCUUCGGGCAGUAGUAGAAAACAACAAGCAACAAGUUCUACUACCUUUGGUGCACCCGCGAGCUGCAACAUGGUUGCAUCUACAGGAAUGGCAGGGAAUAAUCUUCAGAACAACUCAUCAUCAUCUCCCCUUCAGCAGCGCUUUUUCCCUGAGGGUCGCGCAGCAAGCGAUGCAGCCGGUGCACCUGGAUCGUCUUCUUCAGGAACAACUACCUCUUCGCUGAACGCGAAUGCCGAGAGCUUUUACAUGUCCGGAACUCCAGUGUUAGACGCGAUCCUCUCCGCACUGCAGCAACAAGCCCAUCAAGUGUCUGUGCAUCAGCAGGAACAAGGUCGCCAACUACAGAUGGGAGGCGGCACGGGAACAAUUACCGACCACGGAAAUGCCGGCUUGUUGAAUUAUGUUGAUGAACAGAACGGUGAGUAUAAUUGCGAUUUCAUUCCCGGAAGUGCAGGAAAUAAUUUUUUCCACCGCAAUUUGUUGCAAGGUGCGGAGAGCAGUUGUGCAACUAGAUCUUCACAAGGGUGUUUCGUUCCCCAAGUCCUUCCUGCGUCGAUGACACCAGCACCACCCUCCGGGGUGGAAAUGUUAACCACAGGGACUACGGCUGGACGACCCCACGCGUUUCAUCUACCGGGUUCGUUGUCCGCUUCCGCUUGCAUUCCUACUGCCCCGCUUUUAGAUGCGAUAACAACUUCUACUGCUGCUGGUACCGCCCAACAGCAGCACGGGGCGUCGACGACAGCCAACACUUAUCCGCUCGUGGGAACGUCGCCCAGCUGCUCCAGCAGUACCAGCAAGCGAAGAGCUGGUAACAGAGGAGCAGGAGGACAGCAGCACGCGAUUUUGGGUAGUGGUACGACGGUCGCCGGGGGGCCCCGCCGGGCACCAGCAUCAACUUCGACUUGCGGUAAUAAACCUCCAAACGACAGCGCGAUUGCACACGAGUGCCAGUUUCUGCUUGCGUACAAACUGGAGCUGAUGGGGUCGACGACGUCGCACAACUCGCAAGACCAAACUUCCGCAAAGAAUGACGCGCUGACCAGCAUGCUCGAGAAACACGCACAGACGGUGUUGCAGCCUUUGCUUUUCCCCAGCUUCAACAUCGCGACGGGGAGUGGUGGCAGUACUGCUGGAGGUUCCACGUCUACUGGUGAAACUGCUAGUACAACAGGCGCCCGGACCUCCACAGUAGACCGAACCAGUCCGGGCAAAGCUCCAACCGGGCCGCAAGUGGAAGAGCCAGCCUCAGAUCAGCUGCAGAAUGAUUGUAAAAAUCCUAACCGGGAAGUUUUGGACUGGUUUUGCUCCAAAGUCGCAGACCGGUGGCAAAGCGAAGAGUUUGAGCUGCUGUUGGGAGAUCUGGAGUGUUGCCAGCAGCAUCAGGUCUCAUCAGUAUCAAGUGUAAAAAUGUCUGGGUCUGGAAGGAUGUAACUUGUGAUGCGCAUUUCAGAACACAAAAAUCUCUGAUGCAUAGGCAGCAAAAGCUGCUCACUUUCUGUCACCAAAAUGGGGGAUUUGUCAUGCGGAUACGGCAUUGCGGAAGCUUCUCGAAACCUGUGACGCUAGAGCUUCCAUGCCAGACCUUCUGUGUCAUGCAGAAACAGCAUGACUCUGCCAGACCCAGACAUUUUUACAUUUGAUAAUCAGCACAGGGCGACAAUGCUGCUACUUCCACCACGACAUCAACAUCGAGCGGCACUAGCACCGCGCAGCUCUACCUGCACGCGUCUUUGAAGGAGUGUUUCGCCGAAGUCUUGUCCGAGUUUCUCGUGCGCCCGAUCGACGUUUUAUCCUUUGCAAAAACUACUACGGCCCCAGGACAUAGUCAAAAUGGCAAACCUCCGAGAGAAAUCUAGAAGGAGGUUGAGAGUCACGACGCAUGCGAAGUUUUCGUCUCUAGUGUAGCGGAGGCUAGGAAGUAGGACAGCCGCAUCAUAUCAAAUAAGCCAUUUCUUGCUUAUCCCGGCGUCUACAGCAUUUUUACAAAUGCCAAAACUUGACUAGCAAUGCCUCUCAUGGGGUUACUACGCGGCACGACAGAUUUUCCUGCAGAUGAUCCAAAAAUCAGCGUGAUAAUUUCGGGUUCCUCGUGGGGACGUUUUUGCUCAGGAUACUUGUUUCUGCGCGACCAUCCGGAGAGCAGAUGGGUGGACUGCUUUCGGGAGGAUAUUGUGCUCCAGUUGGACGAGCGGGAUCUGACAGUGACCCUUUCGGAGGGACCACGUUUACCAACAUCUAACCUGGUAUCCGGUUGCGGGAGGUCAAAAACAUUGCUGAGGGAAGUGGCAGCGGUCGUCCUCGCAAACCACGACCAACAACUUAACGGUUCAACGUUCGCAGCAGUACAGCCUACCUUUGCUGCAGCUGCAGCAGCUUCAAUCUCGUCGUCGCAGGAGGGAUCUUCAGUGUGUCGGUCAACGGCGCAGUCUCAACAAGAUUUAUUACCGCAAGAAAACCGCGUGAAGACCUCCACGUUGAUGUCCCCUACAGCUGCACGAGCUUCGACCUGCUGCCCCCUCCUCACACUCGCCCGCCUGUUCCACCACCUCGCGGCAAAGGUGGGGCGAGCGGCGCUGGAAACGUACAAGGAAGCGCUGAAGAUGCUUUUCUCGCAGAUCAAAGGAACUGCAACACCUAUCGCAAGAAAAAGCUGUUUCGCUGUGAACUUGUGAUGCAGAAAAUGGAUCGCAGAAGUGUGUAUCAUGCUACACACGCAAGACAAUGGAUUUCUAGCUGUGUUUUCCCUUAGGAACCCCGCAUGACAGAUUUUCAUUGUCAUGCGUAACAAACUUGUGAUGCAGAUUUUGCAAAAGCACCACAGUGAAACAGUUUUUUCGUGGGAUAACACCAUUAUCAAGCGACGCUAGUCUUACGCACCAGAGUACCAGAAGCAAAAAGGCCGCUAGCCACGCGGCGGCGCUCGCGGCGCAGAAGGGAGAGAAGAUGAAGUUGAUUCAGACCAAGAUUGCGCUGCGCUACUUCAGUUACCUCUCCGUCGACAUCGAGAGCGCGAGCUCGAAUGCCCACUUCUCUGCGAAGGAGAAGAACUUCCAGGAUUCGGACUUCCAGAUCGAGCUAGUAGAGACAUACGCGCAUCUGCUAGAGUUUCUGGAGCACUUGCAACGAGCGGAUUGCAGACUGAUCGGGGUGGAUUUUGAAGGGGUACCUACUAGGUUUUUGGAAGUGCCGUCAUUUUUUCAUCAUCUCGUCUGAGGAACUUGUUUUGCGCGGCCUGCAGUUGAUGUUUCACUUGCUGCAUGGUUAAUAUGCUGUUCUUGCACCACCACCACUUCAGGUUCAGACGCAGACAAUUCCUGGUGAGUGAAAGGUUGUUGAAUCUGAAGAGAUGAAGAUGGGUAACAUCUUCAAUAGUAAAUUGACCUUAAUUUCUUGUCAGGUGAAGCUCUGUCGGGACGGCCAGCUUUGCCUCGUGCAGAUUGUGCUGGACAAAGAUCCGAAGCGUGUUUUCGUCCUUGACAUUUUUAAGUUGGGGAAGAAGGCCUUUACGCUGGAUUUAAAGACUGCACGGCCAACUGCAUCCGCUCUUAGCGCAAAAAACCAAAACGCAGUGGCUCCUGUUGGAGAUCAUGAAGCUUCCGGGGGAGAUGAGCCGAUGAUUGGGCACCACAUUCUUGUACAACAAGCUGACGAAAACAGUCACGUUGAAGAUCAUCCCGGAGGACCACAACAAAUCGUCUCCUCCGAAAGUGGUUCUUUCAGCCUGAAACAGGUCCUCGAGUAUCGCAAGAAAAAAGUGUAGUUACAGUUACACAUUGUGUUGCAGGCCAAGCAAGACAGACAAGCUCUGUCAUGCCGGAUAUGCGUAGGAGCCUCGUUUCAUAGGUGUUCUUUUCCCGGAGGAUUUCUGCAUUAUCUCAUGCAGAGAAAUUUGUGUUGCUGAAUUCACUACAAAUGUGUAACUGUAGCACUUUUUUCGUGGGAUAUCGAGAGCGACAAAGUCAUCAAGUCCUGGUUCGACUGCCGAAACGACACGGACGCGCUUUGGGCGCAGUUUGGGAUUCUCCCAAAGAACAUUUUUGAUUUGCAGGUCGCGGACGCAGCUCUGAGGAAGACGAGGGGCUUUAGUGUCAAGUUUGUGAUCGGCUUGACCAAGGCGGUGGCGCAAUAUGUGUUCAACAAAGGUAACAACAAUCAUGGCAAUAACCAUGUGGGGGCCGGCGGGGGAACGACUUCUACCGGAAGUAUAGGUUGUGGCAACCGAGAUAAUCAUCUCAGCGGGAAAGAAAAUGAAAACCAUAACUAUCGCAGCAACCAAAAUUACACGACUGCGAACCAUAACAAUCCCAAUUUGGUUGGAGCGGAGAACAACGGCGACAGCGGGAAAAAUCAUGGGACUACAGGAGGAGGUCUUAUUGGGGACGAGCGAAAGAUGACGAUGAUAGCCGAAAAGGAUUCAUCUUCACUAGCAAACAGGAACCCAGCCACGCCACCGGAAAACAGCAAAGCCACAACUGGAUCAGCUAGUACUCGCCCGAAGUUUUCCUUCAGUCUUCCGGUGCCUCCCACACAGCGCAUGAAAAACCCGGAGGCCGAACUUCUCUUCUCCCAAACGAUCGCAGACAAGGGGAAGAGCAUCUUUGAUCCCGCAAAGGGAGGGCAGUUUGAGAAGUUUGCGGAACGGCCAAUCAUGAGCACGCUGUUAAUCUACGCCGCGUAUGAUUGCAGGCAUCUGAUCACGCUGUUUGAUAACCUGCACGGCAUUCUAGAGCAGGAGGAGGAGAACAAUAAUAGUUCUGCGACCUCCGGUAGUUCUUGUGGUGCUGGUACAGCAUCAGGAAUGUCAGCUCCUGCCGUCGAUAGCUGCAAUGUGGAACCAGCAGAGCAGCAGCAACUUGGAUCAUCUACUCCGAUGACUUUGAUCGAGAAAGUUUUUACUGUUUCGCAGGAACGCGUGCGCCACGCACUGGCGGCAGAGUACACGCCGCCGGAUACGCGGGCGCUGUUUUAUCAAUUGAUCUGAGAACAAGUACAACGGGUUCCCGUUUCUCAGGGAAGUAGAUUUUUUUCAACGCUAUGUAUUGAUUUUAGUUUUGCUUUUGUAUUUGUUCCGAUACAGCAGCUUCGGCAACGAGUUGCUUACUCGAGCAGGAACUCAUUGUAGUAUCAGACAGCGUAGGAGGAUCUGACCAGUUGAUUGUGAUUACUUCGCUUACAUUUAGCGCAAAUGCGAGUAACUUUUUCACGUGUUUUGGUUUAUUUGUUUGUACGUUUUUUUUGGCCGACUUGACUCAUUUUGAUUCAGAAUCCGGAUAGUCUAUCAAUUUAGGAUCAACAGAAAUAGAACUAAUUGGCGGCUUGCGGUACAGCGCCGCAUUAUUUUUCACUACUUUUUUUCAACAAGAUUUUGCUGAUUUGUCACGGCACACAAAUCAUUGUGCCAAAUAGAAAUAAGUUGCGCAUCGCGAAGAGUGAACUUGGGGAUGGCAGUGAUGCCAAAAACUACACUUUUGCAAGUUGUAUAUCGAGGACAACGAUGAACUACAGCUCUGUUUUGCAAUAAGCGACUAAAAUUUGACUUCCCCGGGGCAGCUGUAAAUAACCACGCG